AUGCUGACGGUAUCAAUCAGUAAUCAACAUAACACAACUAAAGAGAAAAUCAAUCUGAAAAUAAUUUUACGACACACUCAAGCGAGAAAGCGAGUGAGAGAAAAAUUGAAAACAAUUUUGGACACAUGUCAACAUGAUGCUGCAUUGGAAGACGCGAACGUCACACCAAAACAAGAACCGCUGGAUAUUCCGGUGAAGAAAACAAAACUUGAAGAAGCACCGAUGAGUUAUAGUUUGAAAGAGCUCUAUAACAAUGCGUUUCUGUAUCAAAUAUCGCAGAUAUCGCAUAUAUCAAGACAACAGCCAUGGCUGACUGGAACAUCACCAAAGCACAUUAUUCCGCCUUUUGGACAGAAUCUAACAUCGAUCCAUUAUCUGCCUGCAUCUCAAGAACCGCCCGUUUUACAAAAUCCUGAACGUGUUGUAAGGCAUUCCGAAAGUGAACGUUUUGAACGAACUUAUCAACCGAAUGUUGCCCUCGCUCCACGCCAUACUGUUCUGACGAAGGAAAGAGAGCGUGAACGUGACUUUGACAAAGACAGAGAAUCUAAUGAGCAUACAAACUCGGUUAUAAAGUGUGAGAUUCAAAUUAAACAGGAACGUCCAUCAACACCAAGUAAUGAGUCACCCGAGUUGAGAAACAAUUCACCUGAGACAAGUGGAGUGGUUGAGACAAACGGCGUGGCGACCGUUCCACCAAUCAGUCCUGAAGGUCAAUCCGGUUCUAACGAAAUUACUUCGUCCACAUCUCCCGUACCUGCAAAUAUACCAAAUAAACAAGAGUCCAUGUCACCACCGCCAUCAAUGCAAGCAUCUCCCAGUCUCACAUCACCCCGAUCUCAUUUGCUCAGUCACACAAUUCGUAAGACAUCUCCAGUGGUUGUGAAGGUCACGACAAAUCAAUCGUCAAGUUUGGUUAAUGGAAUCAAGAAACUGCCGAUUUUGGGUAAUCCCGAAUUUGAACUGUCGACGGAUACAGAUGAAGAAAGUCUUGGGGAACCUGACAGUAGUAAUCUUAAUGGUUCACUCUCACAAUCGCCAUUUGAGUUUGCGAAAGUUUUGUUGAAGAAUAAUUCUUUGGAAGAUCGAGAGAAGGUGCUUAAUCUUAUCAAAUAUAUGGAAAACGAAAUAACGCAAUUGAAAGAGUCGCAUAAAAAAGAGAUUCGUGAAAUGAAACAGCAACAACAUCAACGCGAAGAAGAUUUUCGAAAGACAAUUGAAAGUAUGCAAUGUCAGUUUAGUCAUCAAAAUAAUCGAUCGAAUAUGAACUCAUCAACUGUCAUUGCAACUUGUUUAUCGUCGUCUUCAUCUUCAUCAUCGAGUUCGCUUUCGUCAAGCUCUUCUUACGAUUAUGAUCGAUCAGAACGAAGAAACAGCAUCGUAGAGAAACCGAAUGUUAUAAUAAAGCCGCUUAAAAAAUCAUUGCGAAUUACUCCAAUUCUUGAUGACUGCAAGCCUGUAGCUAACAUAACAUCUACACCAUCAAUUGUCAUCAUGCCAAAACGCGAAGACAUUAUGAACAACAAUAACACAAAACAUUAUAAUAACAAUAACAAUGCGACUAUCGUCAAUGGCAAUGGUCAGACUGAGCCAUUGGACGAAUCGCUUAAAAAGACAGUAAUCAAAGCGGAAAAGUUAUAAAAUCAGGAAAGUGUUCCCAG